GAAUUACGGCGGUGCAGACUAGGGCGUCCUUUCCACGCGUGCUCCACAAGCCAGCCCCGUCCAAGUUGGAAAGGACAAAAAGAAGGCAAUAAAUGCUAAAGCGGAGAGAAGGAGAGAGAGGGAGAGAGAGAGGAAGCCAGAUCGAGCGGCAACUCCCAGCCCGGGCUUCGAGAGAAGGAGGCGGGAGCGGGAGAGAGCGGGAGCGCGCGAGGGCGAGCCGUGCACGGGAAGAAACUGACACCCGGACCCCCCACUUCUCCUGCACGGUGCUGGCAAUCAGAUCGCGUUUAAGCAAUUUCCUGAGCCCAAGAAUAGCAAUGAGUCGGGAGACUUUGGCGGACUGAAAUUGGGAGCUGCAAUCACUCCCCAGUCCCGAGAGUUUCGUCCACCGCCUCCUACCUCCUCCCCCCCACCCCGUGCCCGGCUCCGCCGCGCAGAGGAUGGUGUGGAAAUGGCUGGGCGCGCUGGUAGUAUUUCCUCUGCAAAUGAUCUAUUUGGUGACCAAAGCAGCCGUGGGACUGGUGUUGCCCCCCAAGCUUCGGGACCUAUCCCGGGAGUCAGUCCUCAUCACCGGCGGUGGGAGAGGCAUCGGGCGCCACCUCGCUCGGGAGUUCGCAGAGCGUGGCGCCAGAAAGAUUGUUCUCUGGGGCAGGACUGAGAAAUGCCUGAAAGAGACAACAGAAGAGAUUCGGCAGAUGGGCACAGAGUGCCACUACUUCAUCUGUGAUGUGGGCAACCGGGAAGAGGUGUACCAAAUGGCCAAAGCUGUCCGAGAAAAGGUGCAGCCCACAGGGACUGGCUGCCCUCACGGCUCCACAGCCCCCUCUUGCCCACAGGUGGGUGACAUCACCAUCCUGGUGAACAAUGCUGCUGUGGUCCAUGGAAAGAGCUUGAUGGACAGUGAUGAUGAUGCCCUCCUCAAGUCCCAGCACGUCAACACCCUGGGCCAAUUCUGGACCACCAAGGCCUUCUUGCCACGUAUGCUGGAGCUGCAGAACGGCCACAUCGUGUGCCUCAACUCCGUGCUUGCGCUGUCGGCCAUCCCUGGCGCCAUCGACUACUGCACGUCAAAAGCAUCGGCCUUUGCCUUCAUGGAGAGCCUGACCUUGGGGCUGCUGGACUGUCCCGGUGUCAACGCCACCACCGUGCUGCCCUUUCACACCAGCACCGAGAUGUUCCAGGGCAUGCGAGUCAGGUUUCCCAACCUCUUCCCGCCGUUGAAGCCAGAGACAGUAGCCCGGAGGACGGUGGAAGCCGUUCAACAAAACCAGGCCCUUCUCUUGCUCCCGUGGACCAUGAACAUCCUCAUUAUCUUGAAAAGCAUACUCCCACAGGCUGCACUGGAGGAGAUCCACAGGUUCUCAGGGACUUACACCUGUAUGAACACCUUUAAGGGGAGGACAUAGAGGCAGGAGGAAGACACACCUGAGGAGCCACGGAGCCUGAGGGGAGCCACAAUACCCGGGCACACACCGAUGUGCCUGUGAUUGGCAUGUCGGCUGGGUGAGCAGGACUGUUCCUGUCCCCAGGGAAGAAUCUGCGGCUCCCAGGUCAACUCCAGGACCUUUGUGCGGGACUGAUGUGUGUAACUCUGACCCCCAUGGGGAGCCAAGACGCCAUUCAGCAGCCACCUGACAAUUUUGUACAUGUCUCAUUCUGUAGGGUUUAUUGUUCAAUUGCUUCUCCAGUCUGGCCCGCCUGAGCAGUGUGCACCUAGGAUUUCCAGGAGCGUCUGCCCCCAGACACUCUGCCUUCCCCUCCAAAACCCGCUCACCCUCAGCUCCUGCAAACUGGUUACCCGGCAGUAACGCAAAUAAAGAGGUGGCUUUGGCA